GGGGUAAUUUGAAAUCAGGUUUAGGAUACCCCAGUGGACAAUUUGGAAUCGAUUUCACAUUACCGAGAGAUAACUUGCAAUGGGAAGUUGGUAACUUGAAGUGUUUUUACACCGGUAUUUAAGAUGACAAGAAUGACUAGAAACUAUACAGAUUCACCGGAAUUUAUAUCAAUAGGGGAUUUUAGUUUUAAUCUCCGAUUAUAUACAUCAAAUUCCUAAUUUGUCGUAUUGAUAGAAGGCAAUGUUUUUUUUUUACAACUUAAAAGUUAGAUAGCGUCAAAGACCUUAUUUAAUAAUUCACUUUAAAAAACAUCUAAAUAGCUGUAAGAGUCAAAGGUUUAAGAAAGUUACUUCCCUUUGUUUAUUUAUUACUUCAUUGUGUGGAGGUAAGAUUAGUUAGUCAUGUCAACAUAGUUUUGUAUCUAAUACAUACGUUCAUGUGUUGACAUUCCUUAAUACUCGCACCUUUUAUCCUACCGGAUAUAUUCUUUAUUCGUGUUAUUAUUAUUAUAGCAUAAAGCCAACGAAGAAGGAUAACAUGUUUAAAUUAGCUAUUGGGUCACGUAGCUGAACGAAGAUUUGUUGCUGCGAUAUUUUAUGAGAAUUGGAUAUUAUAAGCAAUGCUCGCUAAAAUUACCAUAGCCGGUACUUUUGUGUUCUUCGCAGUUUUAUAUCUUUUGAGAUCGAUGAAACGAAAGAAAUUGAACAUACAAGGCAAAGUUGUCCUCAUUACUGGAGCAACAUCCGGGCUUGGGAAAGCUUGUGCUGAAAUAUUUUACAAAGCUGGCUGUCGAGUGAUUCUAGCUGGCAGGAAUUCAGAAAAGUUAGAGGAAGUCAAAAAUGAAUUGGUUGGAUUGAAAGAAGGCUGCAGUGACUACACACCAGCCAUUUUGCAGAUAGAUUUGAGUAAUUUAGCAUCAAUACCAAAGAAAGUUGCUGAAGCUGUAAGUUUCUAUGAUAGAGUGGACAUCCUUAUUAACAAUGCUGGACAGAGUUAUCGUGGUCAAGUAUUAGAGACAAUUUUAGAUGUUGACCAGAGACUCAUGACGGUCAACUACUUUGGACAUGUAGCUAUUACAAAAGCUCUUCUUCCUGUUAUGAUAAGUGAAGGAGGUGGGCAUAUUAUUGGAAUCAGUAGCAUCCAAGGUAAAAUUGCAAUACCGUAUCGGACUGCAUAUGCAGCAUCAAAACAUGCAUUCCAAGCUUUCUUUGAUAGUUUAAGAGCAGAAGUGUGUGACAAGAACAUCACUGUGAGUGUCUUAAGUCCAAGCUAUAUCCGUACUAAUAUUUCUAUAAAUGCUGUACGUGCCGAUGGAUCACAACAUAAUGUUUUAGAUAACACAAUUGCAAAAGGAAUGAAAGCAGAAUAUGUUGCUCAACGUAUUCUAGAUAUGGUCCUAUGGAAAGAGCAUGAUGUCUUACUUGGUCCUCUUCAUCACAGAAUUGCCUGCUAUCUACGACCAAUCUUCCCAAAUAUAUUCUUUUAUAUAAUGGCAAAGAGAGCAUUAAAGGAGCGUCAUGAAUUUGAUAAGGAGAAGUAGAGUCCCUCAUAUUUGUUCAUAUAGUUUCCUAAUUCCCUUUCUUUUGCUUAAUAAUAAAAUUUCCUACAAACUGAAAUGACA